CACAUGAGAUGUGAAUAUAAUAAUUAGUUUCUACAACUUUAAAAACAAGAAUCUGAAUUUCUAAGAACUAUACAAUGAACAUGGUAUCAAAAUGUCUCAACCUCAAUAUUUCUUCUUCUCACCCGAAUAUUUUUCUUGCAAAUUCAAAAAAUCCAAGGCCUUCUCACACUCUCACCCUUUUUUCAUCACCAAGAAAAAUAAACAAGACCUUCCAUUCCCAAAACCAUAAUUUUUCCUUAGCUAAUAAUGUUUCUUUGAGAUAUUCCAAUUAUAAAGUCCUUUUUUCUUCUUCACAAAGUUUUGAAAUAGAGCCUGAUCCUACACUUUCCAAUGAUGAUCUCAAACCAACUACACCAAGUCAAAGGACAUUUUCUAGAAUGGAAAUGGCUGGCCUUUGGGUAGGACUUGUUGUGGGAGUCCCUUCUUAUUAUCUUGCUGGUAGUCUUGUUGAUCUUGGAAUGGCUUGGUGGCAAGGCAUAGCAACUGUGGUUGUAGCCAACAUGAUCCUUUUUGUUCCACUUGUCCUCACUGGUCAUCCAGGUACUCGUUAUGGCAUAUCAUUUCCGGUCCUAGCUAGAUCGUCUUUUGGUAUCCAUGGUGCUCACAUUCCAACUCUCCUAAGGGCCUUAGUUGGUUGUGGCUGGUAUGGAAUUGAAUCUUGGAUUGGUGGUGAAGCAAUUUUCCUUCUUUUACCAAAUUCAAUAAAACAAACUACAUUAUCUAAAUGUCUACCUUGGCUUGGCACCUCCCCAUUAGAAUUUUUUUGCUUCUUAGCCUUUUGGUUGGCUCAAUUAUCAAUUGUGUGGAAAGGAAUUGAUGGGAUUAGAGAGCUUGAAAAAUACUCAUCUCCAAUACUUAUUCUACUAACUUCUUGCCUCUUGAUUUGGUCUUAUGUUAAAACUAAUGGAUUUGGUCACAUGCUCUCAUUAUCCUCUAGGCUCACUAAUUCACAAUUUUGGUCUUUAUUUUUCCCUUCUUUAACCGCUAAUAUAAGUUUUUGGGCUGCCCUAGCUCUUAACAUCCCUGAUUUUACAAGAUAUGCUAAAAGCCAAAAUGAUCAAAUUAUUGGUCAAGCUAGUUUUCCUAUUUUAAUGGGUGCAUUCACAUUUGUUGGUAUUGUAGUGACAUCAUCAACAAAAAUUAUUUUUGGUCAUGUUAUUUCCAACCCAAUUCAAUUACUUGGUCAAAUUGGUGGAUUUGUAACUACAAUUCUUGCAAUAAUUGGUAUAAGCCUAGCUACAAUUACAACCAAUAUUUCAGCCAAUGUUGUAGCACCAUCAAAUGCUCUUGUAAAUCUUAAUCCAAAGUUGUUCAAUUUUAGAAAAGGGGCAUUAUUAACAGCAUUGUUAGGAAUUGCAUUUCAACCUUGGAAGCUUCUUAAAUCAAGUGAGAGUUUUGUUUAUACUUGGCUAGUUGGAUAUUCAGCAUUGAUGGGUCCUAUUGGUGGAAUUAUUCUAGUGGAUUAUUAUAUUUUGAAGAAAACUAAUUUAUGCAUUGAAGAUUUGUAUUCAAGAAAUCCUUAUGGUGCUUACUAUUACUCAAGUGGAUUUAAUGUGAAAGCAAUUGUGGCACUAGUUGUUGGAAUGUUACCGGUGAUUCCCGGUUUUUUGCAUAAAGUUGGAAUCUUAAAAUCAGUUUCUGAAACUUUUGUUGUUGUUUAUAAUAGUGCUUGGUUUGUUAGCUUCUUUUCUGCAGGAUUGGUUUAUUGGAUUCUAUCGAAUUUGAGAAAUAAAUUGGAUGAAUCUGCUGCUGGCGGAGACAACCUUUUCUAUGCUCCUAAGUAAAAACAGAGGAAAUCAAUGUUACUUGUGCAAUAUCCGAAACGUUUGUAUAUCUAUUUUAAACACCUAAAUGUUGCAUAUUAUAUUCUCUUCCUCUCAAAUUAACUCAUUCGUACAUAUUAUAAAAGUUGUAUACACAAAAGAAAUAAAAUAUUAUUUUUCUUAAA